UUUGGGUACCAACAAGUACAGCAUCGGAUUGAAAGUCCUCGGAUCCUGUACUCAUCUUCCUCUUCCUUCGUCAGCGUUGUAAUCUGAAGAACGCGGGCGGAGAUGGAGUUUUUUGGAAUGGAUUUCAGCUGCGUUUUCGGAUCUCUAAGCCACGGCAAGUUCCCGGAGAAAGAUUGCUUGCUUCCCCUCAUCUCUAAGCUCCUCGGCUAUUGCAUUGUCGCCGCUUCAACCACCGUCAAGCUUCCUCAGAUAAUGAAGAUCUUGAAACAUCAGAGUGUCAGAGGACUUAGUGUUAUAUCCUUUGAGCUAGAAGUCGUAGGUUACACAAUUGCUCUGGCUUAUUGUGUCCACAAAGGACUUCCAUUUUCAGCUUAUGGGGAACUGGCAUUUCUCUUGGUUCAAGCUAUAAUUUUGGUUGCCGUUAUCUACUAUUACUCUCAGCCUAUUGGUAUGAAAACGUGGAUCAGGGCAUUACUAUAUUGUGCUCUAGCACCAACAGUUUUAGCCGGUCAAAUUAACCCUGUUCUCUUUGAAGCUCUAUACGCAUCUCAACAUGCGAUUUUUCUCUUCUCGAGGAUCCCACAAAUCUGGAAGAACUUUUCUAACAAAAGUACUGGGGAGCUUAGCUUUUUAACAUCCUUAAUGAACUUUGGAGGUUCUAUGGUGAGGGUUUUCACCAGCAUCCAAGAAAAUGCACCAAGAAGUGUUCUCAUGGGAUCGGCUCUUUCUAUUGCAACAAACGGAACCAUUUUGAGUCAGAUAAUUCUAUACCAGAAGAGGGAUGUAAAGAAAGAGAAGAAAACAGAGUAGAGGAUGAAUGCUUGCAGCUGCGGCUUUGCCUUAUUGAAGAUUAAAGCUUGUAUAUAGUAAGUAAAGGUGAACCAAAGUGAAAUGUUUUUAAAAGAAAGAUUCUGGACUCUCUCUACUUCAUGACAAUUUCUCAAGCUUAGUCUUUAGUUCAUUGCCGAACAAAUUCUCCUCGAGAUAAUCAUUUUAUUACAAGAAGUCCGGAGUUCUUUUCUUUUCUUUUGGAAUAUAAUGGUACAUUGUUUGCUGGAAUCAUUCAUUAGGUUUUGACUAAGAUCCCCGCCCGACUGCCGGCCCCCAUAAAUUUAUAUCUGGGGUUGUAGAGGGGACGGAGGUGGAAUGUACUUCCCUUAUAUUAUAGUUCUAAUUCAAUUACUACAGUCAGAAUGAUCAUUUUCCA